GGAGGCCGCGGUGUGCCGGAAACCUGCUGUGCCGUUUGGAGAAACCCACCCAUAAAGCCCACCCGCUGUUCAUUGUCUUUCCACCUGUAUAUGAAGGAAACUGCCAUGACUCUGCUUUUCUACCGUCGAUGAUUUCCAGUUCUUCUGGAUCUAAAUUUAAUGACCCAUUAGCUCUGCGGAGAACAACAUCAAGAAUGAAGAAAACCUCAAGAUUAGUUGCAAGUGUAGUAACAGAACUGGAGCCUACACAGAGUGCAACAGUAGAAUCACUCCUUGCAAACAAUAAAAGUAAGAAAGAAAGUCUUCCCGGUAUUGCUGGAGUCGCUCUAGGGAUUCAACAUGUAAGACUAAGUACCAGCCUUUUAGUGAAUAAAGCAACUAAAAAGUUUCCUGGCAAUCAGAGACCAGAAAUGACACGGACAGCUGUUAUGUCCAAAGCAAUUCAGGUAUCUGGUGACGAAGAAGGUACUUCUCUAUCAAACAUAAGAGCUUUAGAAAAAGAGAACCUCUUCCUUAAAGCAUUAAUCGAGAAGAAAGAUACGACAUUAUACAAUCUGAAGAGAGCACUUCAUGAUAAGGAGACGCAAUAUAACAAAGAUAUAGAAGAAGAAGUAAACAGCCAUGAAAGAACAAGAAAUAAGCUGGAGGAAGUCCAGAAUCUGGUGGAGGAAAGGGAUCGGCUCUUAAAUGAAAGUAUUAUGCGUUAUGAGAAGAUGAUUCAAGAGUUAAAGGAUCAGUAUGAAGAGGCAGUGGCCUCAUUACAUGAACAGACUCAACUUCAGAUAUCAAUCAGGGAUGAAAAGAUUAAAAAACUCAAGCACCAAAUCUCUGAACUCUUUAAAGAGAAAUCAUGGGAACAUCAGCAGCAAAUGGAGGAGCGCCAAAGGGAAUUAGAUCGAUUGACAGAACAAAACCGGUUACUUCAAACCCAGCUUAGAAAAGAGACUGCUUCCAAAAAGGAGUGUGAGCAGUGCAAAUCAUUGAUAUCAGCCCUCGAGGAUAAGAAUGUGCAGCUUAAACUAAAGGCUAGGACUAUUGAUGAGCUACAGUCCAUGUGCCAAAGGUUUCAAAAGCAACUCCGGGAACAAGAAAAGUUACAGCGUUUGCUUGUAACCAAGAGCAGCAGAAUUAAGUGAUCACGGUUGACCUUCAGAUGAUCGCAUACCCUCGGACAAAAUGUAUUCCACUGGACUUUCAAGCAAUAUUAUUCAGCUGGCAUAUUAUGUUAAGCACAGUCCCAAAUGUUAAUGUAUAAUCUAUUUAUUAUAGGAUGUUUAUCAGUAGAUAUUUUUGUCUAUGAGUGAAAAAAUGUAUAGAGGUGAAGGAGCAUACUUUUAUUUCUCACUAGUUAACAAUCCAAUUACAUACA